AGUGCUCUGCUAGGUGUUGGACAGGGUCAAGGAGAUACAGAGAAUGAGCACCACCUGACAGGCUGGGACAGUCAGGGAUGGCUUCCUGGAGGAGGUGACACCUCAAUGGAGCCUUGAACGAAGAGCAGGAGGAGCUGACCAGGCAAUGAAUAGAAUAAGUAUACCCAGGAAGAGGGAAGGGCCUGAGUGAUGCUGGGAGGCUAGAGAGCUCGCCUGGCUUGGGGUGUGUGCCAGGGGGCAGGAGAUCAGGACCAAGGGGUGGCCAAGGCCAGAUCUAGAAGAGCCUGGGCCAUCCCAUAGUCAAUACCUCAUCGAAAGGCCCGGCAGGCCUUCCACUGCUCUGUGUGUACCCCAUGGGACGCCAGGAGCCUGGGCUGCCGCCACCCACCUGGGCUCCUGAGACCCAAUGCACAGGCAUGGGGGCGGGAGUGGGUGUGGCUGAUUUACAUCCAACAGGUUGAGGGGAAAACCCAGGAAGUGCAGCCCAGGCACUAAUCAAAUCUAAGACUAAUAAUAAGCAUCCUGAGUAAUGAGUGGCCUGGGCCGGAGCAGGCGAGGUGGCCGGAGCCGUGUGGACCAGGAGGAGUGGUGGUCACUCAGCUGCCGCAAGGAGCAAGGCAAGUUCUAUGACCAUCUCCUGAGGGACUGCAUCAGCUGUGCCUCCAUCUGUGGACAGCACCCUAAGCAAUGUGCAUACUUCUGUGAGAACAAGCUCAGGAGCCCAGUGAACCUUCCACCGGAGCUCAGGAGACAGCAGAGUGGAGAAGUUGAAAACAAUUCAGACAACUCAGGAAGGUACCAAGGAUCGGAGCACAGAGGCUCAGAAGCAAGUCCAGCUCUCCCGGGGCUGAAACUGAGUGCAGAUCAGGUAGCCCUGGUCUACAGCACGCUGGGGCUCUGCCUGUGUGCCGUCCUCUGCUGCUUCCUGGUGGCGGUGGCCUGCUUCCUCAAGAAGAGGGGGGAUACCUGCUCCUGCCAGCCCCACUCAAGGCCCUGUCAAAGUCCGGCCAAAUCUUCCCAGGAUCACGAGAUGGAAGCCGGCAGCCCUGUGGGCACAUCCCCCGAGCCAGUGGAGGCCUGCAGCUUCUGCUUCCCCGAGUGCAGGGCGCCCACCCAGGAGAGUGCAGUCACGCCUGGGACCCCCAACCCCACUUGUGCUGGAAGGUGGGGGUGCCACACCAGGACCACAGUCCUGCAGCCUUGCCCACACAUUCCAGACAGCAGCCUUGGCAUUGUGUGUGUGCCUGCCCAAGAGGGGGGCCCAGGUGCAUAAAUGGGGGUCAGGGAGGGAAAGGAGGAGGGAGAGAGAUGGAGAGGAGGGGAGAGGGAAAGAGAGGUGGGGAGAGGGGAGAGAGAUGGGGAGAGAGAUAUGAGAGAGAGACAGAGGAGGCAGAGAGGGAGAGAGGAAGAGAGGCAGAGACAGAAAGAGACAGGCAGAGAGGGAAAGAGACAGAGAGGCAGAGAAAGAGAGAGGCAGAGAGACAGAGAGGGACAGAGAGAGAUAGAGCAGGAGGUCGGGGCACUCUGAGUCCCAGUUCCCAGUGCAGCUGUAGGUCGUCAUCACCUAACCAAACGUGCAAUAAAGUCCUCGUGCCUGCUGGUCACAGCCCCUGAGAGCCCCUCCUCCUGGAGAAUAAAACCUUUGGCGGCUGCCCUUCCUCA